AUGCUCGAAUCAACCAUUUCCUCAGGGGGAAGCAUGCCAUCACGAGUCCAAUAUGAUGGACACCCACCUCCACCUUGGCUGCCGAAGGCCAUCUUCCUCUCGUCUCGCGAUGGAUUCGACUACCCAUUUCCGCCAAGGUCCCUGUCACCCCGUCCGCCCGAGCGCACUGGCAACACGCAUGAGGGCGGCCAGAUGAUUCAGAUACCAUCCGGUUCCGGCUGGAUCUGCGAUACGGGAAAGGAGGCUCGCUGGAUCAGUGAUGAGGCAUCCGGGAAGCGCGAGGGGUGUUGA